UCCUGGACUGUCGAGAGCCCUGUGGGCUAACGGGAGGCGCAGCCCCACCGGGCGAGGCAGAGAGAGACAGAGCCCGGUGCUGGGACACCUGGGGCCAAGCCCCGACCCCACCAGCCACCAUGAAGCCCAGAAGCCUGAGCACAGAUGCCCUGCGGCUGGGUCUAGUCCUGCUGCUGCUGGCCACAGGAAACACGACCGCCAACACGGCCACAGCCGGCACGGCACCCGCCAGCGACACGACCACCCCCAUGCCCCAAGGGGACACAACCACCCCGGCCCCCCUCGGUGACACAACCACCCCGGCCCCCCUCGGUGACACAACCACACCCACACUCCCCGGUGACACGACUACCCCCGGGCCUCCUGGUGACACGACUACCCCUGGUGACACAACCACCCCUGAGCCUCCCAGUGACACAACCACCCCGGCCCCCCUCGGUGACACAACCACCCCCACACUCCCCGGUGACACGACUACCCCCGGGCCUCCCAGCGAGACGACUACCCCCAGUCCUCCUGGCGAUACGACUACCCCUGGUGACACAACCACCCUGGCACCCCCUGGCGACACAACCACCCCUGAGCCUCCCGGUGACACAACCACCCCUGGGUCUCCUGGCAACACAACCACCCCUGAGCCUCCCGGCGACACAACGACCCCGGCACCCCCUGGUGACACAACCACACCCACACUCCCCGGUGACACAACCACCCCCACACUCCCCGGUGACAUGACUUCCCCCGGUGACACAACCACCCCUGAGCCUCCCAGUGACACAACCACCCCGGCCCCCCUCAGUGACACAACCACCCCCACACUCCCCGGUGACACGACCACCCCCACACUCCCCGGUGACACGAUUACCCCCGGGCCUCCUGGCGACACGACUACCCCCGGUGACACAACCACCCCCACACUCCCCGGUGACACAACCACCCCAGCACCCCCUGGUGACACAACCACACCCACACUCCCCGGUGACACAACCACCCCGGCCCCCUCGGUGACACAACCACCCCCACACUCCCCGGUGACACGACCACCCCGGCCCCCCUCGGUGACACAACCACACCCACACUCCCCGGUGACACGAUUACCCCCGGGCCUCCUGGCGACACGACCGUCCCUGGCGAUGUGACCGCCACCAAAAUUGCAAACACCACUCCCCCCGGCAGCACCAACACGACCUCAACCCGGAGCCCCUCCACGACAGUCGUGAUCCGAAUCUCUCUCUUGUUCCGCAUUGUGAACAGGAUCUUCGACAACUCUCUUCUCGACCCCAACUCCAUUAACUACCUGAAGUUGCAAGUCACUAUCCAGAUCAUGUACGGCAAGAUCUAUGGCUGCCCAACGUGCCCGAAUGGGCAGAACUACCUGGGAUUGACUGAUCUGCGUUUCAGCCAGGGCUCGGUGGUGACAGAGUCCGUCCUGCUGUACCGAGUGAGCGACGACACCAGCAUCAGCGCCGCCGACAUUGAGCAGCAGCUGAGACAAAGGCUGGGCAGGAAUAACAGCUUUGAUGGGCUCCAGCUGGACAGUAUCCGCGCCAGUUUUAUCGGAACAAGUUCGCCCACCUCGGCGCCAGCACCCCUGGUGCCCGGCUGGGGCAUCGCCCUGCUGGUCCUGGUCUGCAUUGGGCUGGUGCUGAGCAUUCUCCUCUUCAUCCUGCUGAUCGUCUGCUCGUGCUGCAGGAGGAACCGUGGGAAGCUGGAUAUGUUCAGCUCGCAGGCCUCAUACCAGCCCAUGAGCGAGUACCCCACCUACCACACCCACGGGCGCUUCAGCGCCCCUGGCAAGAAGCAGAACCCCUACAGUGACAUCGCCACCGGCAACGGCACCAACGCCUUCUACGCCAACCCUGCCACGUCAGAGAAUCUCUAGGGGGCCACCCCGAGGACCGGCGGGAGCAGAGCUCCCAGCAUCGCCGCGUGCUUCCUGCAGCUGGACUCCAGGGUGCCGGGCAGGGCGACUGCACUGUGGGGGAGAGGGUUGGAUUCACAGUGGGCCAGGGUGGGGAGGGGGUGACGGCCCCCUCCACCCUGCAACCCCCAGCCCUGUGGGAGGGGGAGCUGCUCCAGCUCUGAUUGGGCCAUGUGGGGUGAGCACUAAUGGGGCAAAUUCCUAAUGGGGGAGGGUAAAGGGGCUGCCCCAUAUAUUCGCCCACCAACCAGCCUGGGCAGUGCAGGGAAUAUGACAGGGACUCCCCAGGGGAGCCCCCCCCCAUACUGCGCUGAGCUGCGUAUGGGCUGUUCCCCUGCCCCACUGCCCUGGGGGGCCCUCUCUGGCCCAGCUCUCGCCUGUUCCCAGGAGAUGGGAGCGAGCGUCCGAACACAUGAAGGAACUGGAUGAACAAUGCGAGGGAAGAACCUCCCCUACUCCCCCCAGCUCCAAGCACCUCCUGCCCCCAAUCACUUGCCAAAUGCCGUAUCUGGCCACAAGGCCCCCAGUGUACUGGUUCCAGGGGUCACGUUGGCCUGCACCACUGGCCUGGGGCUGUUUUUGUACCUGUGAUCUCUAACCACACUGUUCUGUGAUGGCCGCCCCGCCGUGACGGGGGGAGGAGGGGUCACAAUGUCCUUGGGAAGGUCUGUAUUUAUAGGGAUGCACAAUAAAGGGAUCUGUGAUGA